UGCACCAACCUGUUGCUCGCCAAGGGAGCCGCCUCCUCUCCUCUUUCCGCUUUCCCGGUCGUUGGUCUUCCUCGGCAUACUUGCUGGCUGCUCCACCCGGCGGACGCAUGGCUGCUAACAAAGUGAUCGUUUACGGCGGAAGAGGAGCCUUGGGCUCCAAAUGUGUCCAGCAUUUCAAAUCCAAAGGAUGGUGGGUUGCCAAUAUCGACAUGGCUGCUAACGAGGAAGCUAACGAAAACAUCAUUGUGAAGUUAACGGACUCAUUCUGCGAGCAGGCUGGCCAGGUCACAUCAGACGUGGCCCAACUGCUUGGGGAACAGAAGGUAGAUGCAAUUUUGUGCGUGGCCGGCGGAUGGGCGGGAGGAAAUUGCAGUUCUAAAGACAUGUACAAGAACACAGAUCUAAUGUGGAAACAAAGCGUGUGGACCUCCACCAUCUCCAGCCACCUGGCGGCAGUGCACCUGAAGCAAGGAGGUCUGUUGACUUUAGCAGGGGCCAAAGCCGCUCUGUCAGGCACUGGAGGCAUGAUGGGCUAUGGGAUGGCCAAGGCCGCUGUGCACCAGCUAUGUCGGAGUCUGGCAAGCAAAAACAGCGGGAUGCCUACUGGGGCUGCCGCGGUGGCCAUCUUGCCAGUUACCUUGGAUACGCCAAUGAACAGGAAGUUCAUGCCCGACGCCGAUUUCGGCACAUGGACACCACUGGAAUUUGUCGCAGAAACGUUCUUCCACUGGGCCUUGGGCACCGACAGGCCGGUGUCAGGCAGCCUAAUGCAGCUGCUCACCUCCGGCGGGAAAACUCAGGCCGUGGCGGCGCCGUAGAGGGCGGACAGACAGGCCACAGUGGCGGCAUUGUCGUCGAGGGAGAAUAGAAGAUAAAGACGGGGAGGAGA